AAAAUAGCUGAAAAAUUAAGCACUCUUUAAAAUAGUAUAAUGGAUAAUAAUAAGACAAACAAAAUAUAAUAAGGAGAAUAAAGAGCAGCAGAUUUAGAGGAAUCUUUUAUAGAAUAUGAAUAAAAAUUAGAAAAGAAAAUACAUAUAAUAUAGGAUACAAUUUAAAAACUAGGAAAAUUUAUUUAAGAAGAUAAAAUGCACAGAGAUUCAUAAUUCGAAAAAAAAUAAAAAGAAAUAAAUUUUUUAGACUAAAAAUUAUCUUCAGUUUUAGAAAAUGAAAUACAAUAAAGAAAAGAAGGAGAAAAUCGCAUAUUUAGAAUAAUUGAUGAUAAAGUAAAUUUGUUGAAAGACGAAGUUUAAUAAGAAAGUUAAACAAGAGGUAAUAUUAUAGAAGAAUUGAAUUAAAAAUUAGAAAACGAGCUUCCGAAAUUAAGUAAUGAUAUUAAUAAUGAAAAAUCUGAAAGAGAAGAAAUGGAUGAAAAUAUAAUGAAAAAAACCACUGAAGAAUUAUUAAAACUUAAUUCUAUUAUCUAAUAAGAAAAAAAAGAAAGAGAAGAUAGUGAAUAGUCUAUUUUUGAUAUGUUAAAAGAAGUUGUUAAUCGUAUAAAAAAUGAAAUUGAAACUGAAAAAAAAUAAAGGGAAAAUACAGAAGAAAAUUUGAUUUACCUAUUAGAAGAUACAUGUAGUAAAUUAAAUGCAGCUUCUUUAGCAUGA